AUGAAUUUCUCCAACGAAUCCUUCGUGACCAACGCGACGUCCGCUCCGGUGCCCUCUCCGACGUCCGCUCCGGUGCCCUCUCCGACGUCCGCUCCGGUGCCCUCUCCGACGUCCUCUCCAGCGGUGCCGGCCGUGAUCGCCGCCGUAGCCGCGCUAACCAUCGCCGGGAACCUUGUCGUCAUCGUGGCGACCGCCAAGCGACAGACGUUCCCCGCCGCCAGUCGACUCUUCGUGUUCUCCAUGGCUUGGUCGGACCUGUUCGUCGGCUUGACCUCCCCCUUCAUGGUGGCGCCCGCUACGGCCGGGGAGUGGGUGUACUCGGACACGGCUGUCCAAACCUUCGGCGUCAUCGGAAUGUCCUCCACAACGAUAACUUACUCUUCUCUCGCAGGUCUGAACCUAGACCGAUACCAUGCUGUGCUGAACAACGGAGAGGGCGUCUCUCACAAGAACGCCCGAAUCUUUCUGAUCUCGACUUGGGCUGGGAUUUACGCUUUCUACAUCUUCUGUGAAGCCUACGCGGUGCCCUUCGAUUUCGACCGGAUCAUGGCCCUGCCGACGUGUGACCUAAAGGCCCACAUAUGGUUCACCACAGUGACGAUGGUCAUCAUGAGCGUCGCUCUGGUCGUGACGACGUAUUGUGUCGUCCGAGUCUUAAAGGCAGUGUGUACUCCACCUCAGCCACCGGCUGCUCCAGUUAUCCACAUCAACAUGAACGGGCCCGCCGGGGUUCCACCUCAGAACGCUAAUAACCCCGAACAACAGCCUCCAGCGGCACCACACUACCACGGUGAGGGCUCGUGUGUUAAAGCUGUGCUGAUCUUGACUCUAGCGCAAACAGCAUUGCCGCUCCCGUUCUUCUGUACCUUAGUCGCACAUCAUGUGGGAUAUGAACUGCCAACCGCCCUGUUUUGGACAAUGUGGGUAGCGUUGUCCAACAACUUUCUGGACGUCGUCGUGCACAGUGCGUUUCACAAAUCGUUCCGUAAAUCUGUAGUUGAGAUAGCGAGGUCCACCGUCUCUGGUUUGUACAACGUGUGCUACAGCAGAAACGGGGUAAACGUGGACCAACAAGGAACAUAG